AGCACUGAACUCUCCGGCGACUCGAGCGCUCCUCUCGCCGACGGACGGUGGUUCGGCGCGGCGGUUGAUCCCGUCGAGGAAUAUGUCAUCAAAUCCUGAUGCAGGCAAGAGUCGUGCGCGCAGAGAUCGUUUGCUCAAGAUCCAAUCAGAUGUUCAAAAGUGUUGGGAGGAGAGCAAAGUUUUUCAGGCUGAACCUGGCAGUAAACUUCCGGAUCCUGGUGAAAAGUUCUUUGGCAACUUCCCGUAUCCUUACAUGAAUGGCUUACUACAUUUGGGCCAUGCUUUCUCGUUGUCCAAGCUUGAGUUUGGUGCUGCAUACCACAGACUCCGUGGCUCAAAUGUACUUAUGCCAUUUGCGUUCCACUGUACUGGGAUGCCAAUCAAGGCUUCAGCUGAUAAGCUUGCCAGGGAGAUUCAACAGUACGGAAACCCUCCAGUGUUUCCUACAGCAGAGGAUGCUUCAAGCGCUGAAGUGGUGGCAGAUGAUAGCGUGGCUGAGGAAGCAGCUGCUGUUGCCCCAGGUAAAUAUAAGAGCAAGAAAUCUAAGGCUGCUGCAAAGACUGGUAUGCAGAAGUUCCAGUGGGAGAUCAUGAGGGGCUUUGGCCUGUCAGAUGAAGAAAUUGCCAAAUUUCAAGAUCCUUAUCACUGGUUGACCUACUUCCCUCCAUUGGCAAAGAAAGACCUUAAGGCUUUUGGCCUAGGUUGUGAUUGGAGGCGUUCAUUCAUAACCACGGACAUGAAUCCUUUCUAUGAUGCUUUUGUUCGGUGGCAGAUGAGAAAGCUGAAGAAAAUGGGCAAAGUUGUUAAGGCCAUGAGGUGCACUAUCUACUCCCCAUUGGAUGGACAACCUUGCGCUGAUCAUGAUAGGGCAACAGGUGAAGGUGUACUUCCACAAGAAUAUGUGCUGAUUAAAAUGGAGGUGAUCCCUCCUUUUCCUCCCAAGUUGAAAGUCUUGGAAGGAAAAAAUGUUUACUUGGCAGCAGCUACAUUGAGACCAGAGACAAUGUAUGGGCAGACAAAUUGUUGGGUAUUGCCUGAUGGAAACUAUGGGGCUUUUGAGGUCAAUGACACCGAUGUCUUCAUUCUGACAGCAAGGUCUGCUCUUAAUCUUGCAUAUCAGAACCUAUCCAGGGUUCCAGAAAAGCCAACCUGUUUAGCUGCACUUUCUGGCAACGAUCUGAUUGGUUUGCCAUUGAAGUCUCCUCUUUCCUUCAAUGAAAUCAUAUAUGCCCUUCCCAUGCUCACUAUCUUAACAGAUAAAGGUACUGGCAUUGUAACUAGUGUUCCAAGUGAUUCUCCAGAUGAUUUCAUGGCACUGCAAGCUUUAGUCACAAAGUCAGCACUGAGAGCGAAAUUUGGAGUCAAAGACGAGUGGGUUCUUCCAUUUAAAAUUAUACCAAUAAUCAGCAUUCCUGGAUUUGGAGAUAAGUCAGCUGAGAAGGUAUGUGCUGAUCUGAUGAUUAAGAGCCAAAAUGAUAAGGAGAAGCUUGCUGAAGCAAAAAGGAUGACAUAUCUUAAAGGAUUUACAGAUGGAGUGAUGAUUGUAGGCGAGUACAAUGGCAGAAAGGUUCAAGAUGCAAAGCCACUGAUUAAGAAGAAGCUUUUGGAAGAAGGCUCUGCUGUUUUGUAUAGUGAGCCUGAGAAGAAAGUUAUGUCGAGAUCUGGCGAUGAGUGUAUCGUUGCUCUCACAGAUCAGUGGUACAUAACUUAUGGAGAAACUGAAUGGAAGGAGAAGGCAGCCAAAUGUUUGAAGAACAUGAAUACAUUUUCAGCUGAAACUCGUAAUGGUUUCGAACACACAUUGGGCUGGCUGGACCAAUGGGCAUGUUCACGUUCUUUUGGCCUAGGUACUCGCAUUCCAUGGGAUGAGCAGUUCCUUGUAGAAUCUCUUUCUGAUUCAACCCUAUACAUGGCCUAUUACACGAUUGCACAUAUUCUUCAAAAUGGUGACAUGUAUGGAAAAGAAAUAUCUUCUGUUAGGCCAGAGCAGAUGACAGAUGAGGUAUGGGAUUAUGUUUUCUGUGAUGGUCCAGAACCCAAAAGCGACAUCCCUCCUGCCCUGUUGAGCAGAAUGAAGCAAGAAUUUCAGUACUGGUACCCAUUGGAUAUCCGGGUAUCUGGCAAGGAGCUUAUUCAGAACCAUCUGACGUUCAGCAUUUAUAAUCAUACAGCGCUUCUUCCAGAGCAUCACUGGCCUCGUGGCUUUCGUUGCAACGGACAUCUUAUGCUCAACUCUGAGAAGAUGUCCAAGUCCACAGGGAACUUCCAAACUCUUGCACAGGCCAUCGAAGAGUUCUCUUCAGACGCCACGAGGUUUGCACUUGCUGAUGCCGGUGAUGGCAUGGACGAUGCAAACUUUGUCUCUGAGACUGCAAAGUCUGCCAUCUUGAGGCUUACAAAAGAAAUUACAUGGAUGGAAGAGGUUAUAGAUUCUCAAUCUUCUCUGAGAGAUGAUGGUCCUCCCUCUACUUAUGCUGAUCGUGUAUUUUCCAAUGAGAUCAACAUUGCCGUGAAAGAAACUGAGAAGAGCUACAACGCCUUCAUGUUCAGAGAUGCCCUGAAGUCUGGGUUCUAUGACCUGCAACUGGCAAGAGACGAGUACAGGCUCUCGUGUGGAGCGGCAGGCAUGAACCGUGAUUUAUUGGGUCGGUUUAUGGAAGUCCAGACCACGCUGAUCACCCCGAUUUGUCCACACUAUGCCGAGCAUGUGUGGCGGAAUAUCUUAAAGAAAGAAGGUUUCGCAAUAAAGGCUGGCUGGCCUGUCGCAGGCACUCCUGAUCCUACUCUAAGAAUCGCAAACAAGUAUCUACAGGACUCCAUAGUUUUGAUGAGGAAGCUGCUCCAGAAGCAAGGAUCUGGCUCCAAGAAACCCAAGAAGGGCGCUGCACCAUCUCCAUCGGCAGAGAACAAGCUCACUGUUGGUCUGAUCUAUGUCAACGAGCACUACGACGGAUGGAAAGAGCAAUGCCUGAGGGUGCUUCAGUCAAACUAUGAUGCCCAAACACGUACGUUUGCCCCCGACGAGGAUAUCAACGAAGCGCUGAGCAGCUGCUUCAUCGAACACGAAGCGGACUUCAAACAGGUCCAGAAGCUCUGCAUGCCUUUCGUCAAGUUCAAGAAAGACGAAGCGAGGACCGUCGGCCCCGAGGCUUUGGAUUUGAAGCUCCCCUUCGGCGAAAUGGACGUGCUCGAGGAGAACCUGGAGCUGAUCAAGAGGCAGCUGGGCCUAGAGCACGCGGAGGUUCUGUCGGCGUUGGAUGGGGCUGCUCUUGCCCUGGCUGGGCCGCAUGUUUCCGUGCUGAACAAGAACCCGCCUUCCCCUGGGGAGCCCGUUGCGAUAUUCAUGAGCAGGCAGGAGUUUGGAGGCCAGAACUAGGCUCAGCCGCCCACACCUGGUUUCGUGCUCUGAAGUAACAACAGCUCACCUUAGAGAACCUCUGAUCGUUUUCUGAAGACCAGUUGUGCUAUCCCCUGUUAGCGAUAGUGGUGUAUAUCACAGGGAAUAUUGA